ACCUCAUAUUAGAUGUCCAAAUCAAAAUACAAGAAACAAACAAUGGCCAGCGGUGGACCCAACUGGGAAGGAUUGCUGAAGUGGAGCCUAGCUCAUUCUGAUGGGACUGGCCCUAACCGCAGUUUAAGCGAAGAGGAUCGUAAGUGGUUCAUGGAAGCAAUGCAAGAGCAGACUUUCGAUGUGGUGAAGCGAAUGAAGGAGAUCUCUCUAGUAAUGCAAACUCCGGAGCAUGUUUUGGAAGAUCAAGGAGUUACUCCAGCUGACAUUGAAGAUUUGUUAGAUGAGUUGCAGGAGCAUGUUGAGUCCAUUGACAUGGCCAACGAUCUUCACUCAAUUGGCGGGUUGGUCCCAUUACUUGGUUACUUAAAGAACUCCAAUGCUAAUAUCAGAGCAAAAGCUGCAGAAGUUGUGACCACUAUUGUGCAGAACAAUCCAAAGAGCCAGAAACUUGUUAUGGAAGCAAACGGCUUUGAAUAUCUGUUUUCUUUAUUCACAUCCGAUCCUGUGGUUAAUGUCCGAACCAAAGCGCUUGGUGCAAUCUCCUCUUUGAUCCGGGACAACAAACCGGGUGUCAUUGCCUUUCGCAAAGAAAAUAAUGGGUAUGAAGCCUUGCGAGAUAGUCUAGCUUCUGAAAGCGCGAGAUUUCAAAGGAAAGCCCUGAGUUUGAUCAACUACUUACUCCGCGAGAAUAGAUAUGAUUGCAUCAUAGUAAACAAGUUAGGAUUUCCAUGCCUAAUGGUGCAGCUUGCCUCUAGCAAAGAUGUAGACGUGCGAGAAGGUGCACUCCAGGGCCUACUUGAGCUUGCUCGAGGGAAAACUCAAGGGAUCAGAGAAGAUGAGAAAUUGAAGCAACUUCUUCGAAAUCGAAUUGAAGAUGUUGGAGCAGGUAGGGAGGAGAGGCAGCUGCUAGACUCCCUGUGGAAUGCAUGCUACAACAAGCCAUCGCCUCUUCGCGAGAAGGGGCUUCUCGUGCUUCCUGGGGAAGAUGCCCCGCCACCUGAUGUUGCAAGCAAGCAUUUUGAACCUGCUCUUAGAGCAAUGGCUCCAAAGCCUUGAUGAAGCUAAAGGCUAGCUGUUUAUGCCUCUGUGAUUUUUAUUUUUUUUUGCUUCUGUUUGAUUAGUAGCUCAUGGAACUAGUUGACUGCAUCAUUACAUGAACAAUGU